AUGGAUGAGUCGGUGCGGCUGCGGGAGGAGUGCAAGGCGGCCCUGCAGGAUCUCGCGGCCGGCCGCUCGUGGCGGAAUGUCCAGCCGGUCGUAACGUCCGCCGCCGGACUUCUCCUCCGGGCCGCCGCCGCCGCCGCCGCGAGAGUCGCCGAACUCGACGCCGCCGUCAGCGACACCCGCCACGCCGUCGCCCUCGUCGCCGAAGACGCGCGGCUGAAGGAGCGCCGCUACCGCCACGACCGCGACGCCGUCGAUCGCCUCCAAGACGCCCUCGAGGCCCACAGGCGUGAGACCCAGCAGCUCCACACCACCGUCCUCCUCCCAGCGCUGGCAGAGAUGCAGCAGGAGAUGGACGGACUCACUGCUAGUCUACACGCCGUCGCCACACAACAGACACUACCACCAUCACCUCCACCUCUUUCUUCUUCCUCUCCUGCAAGUGUGCAGGCCACAAAGAUGAAGAACAAGAGAGAGAAGGAGGAGGAAGAAGAGAAUGAUGAUGGUGGUGGUAGUGUCGGCAUCAGGAAGAGUGAUGGGGUCAUGUUAAAGGAAAUGGUGCGGGAGGUGAAGUUGCUGCGAAAUCAGUGGAAACAGAUGAUGCGUUCUCAUGCCAUGGCCCCACUGCCUCAGUCAUCAUCAUCACCAUUAUCCCCGCCUCCUAUACAACAACAUCUGGAGGGACAACGUUCAGUAACAACUCCAUAUAAGAAGAAUGGUAUAAAAAAAGUACAUUCUGCAUCGCGUCUACGGGUGGAUUGCAGUGUGGCGCGAUGGCAAUGGCGUGGAGGUCAUAUCACAGCCGCCAUGCUAUCACCAGAUGUUCCUAUUCCUUGGAGUUCGUUAAAUGUGCGCAAUACAUUAACAGGGGAAUGGUUAACUGUUGACGCAGCGCCACCAGAGCAUAUACUUCGACAAGAAGAAGAAAUAUUCUGCGAUGUAGCAAGAUUUCCCUUCGUAUGGCGUCCACAAUCUCCAUCUAUAAUUGAGAUUUUACAGGAUGGGAUUUAUCAUGUUACUGUGUGUAUAAUUAGUAUUCGUAAUAGAGGUGUUGCUGCAAAAAAUCAUGCUGGCAUGCGUGGUGUUAACACAUCUACAUUACCGUCUGUCACGUUGCGUAUUAACAAUAAUACAGUUUUUAGUUUCUUCUCUGGUGGGUCCACGUGCUAUACCCUGCACUCUGGGAUGGGUACCACUUCUGCUACUUCUAAUAAUAACAGAGCAGCAGCUGCUGCUGCUUCACGGCAAACUUGUGCGUGUGCACGCCGACCAUGCUCCUGUGGGGCGGAGGUAACGUUUACCACAACGACCGUCGCUGAGUAUCUUCGUCUGCCAAUAGGGUCAACUGUUUCUAUUCACUCUUGCGAUUCCUCCGAUACCACAUCAGUGCAUGAGGCACUGCUAGAGAUGGAACGUAUGGCCGGUUAA